AUGUCAACUGCUACUGCAACAUACCGUGUGAAUUAUUCAGAAUAUAUGGCUGACGUUACUGGUAGUCCAAAAACAACAAGAAAGUCUGCAAUUACAGGUAUCAUACCUACCAAUAGCCCUGUUGUCAAUCGACAAAAUCAAGGUAUACAACAAAACGGAGCAAUGCCAACAUACGGUGGUGGUUCUGAUAAAUGUGCUCGAUGCUCAAAAAAUGUUUAUUUAGCAGAAAAAAAAGUUGGAGCUGGUCGUUCAUUUCAUAUUCGAUGUUUUAGUUGUCGAACAUGUAAUCGAAAAUUAAAUGCAACAAUAUUAUCUGAGCAUAAAGGUGAAAUUUAUUGUAAAACAUGUUAUACAAGACAAUUUGGUGUUCAUGGUUUGGCUAGUGGUGUUACAAUGACAACGGAAACUCCAGCACGUGAAAGUCGUCCUUCACGUCGUUCAUCUUAUGGUAGUGAUCUUGAUGCACCAAUUAUAACACAUCAAGAAACACGACAACGUGCACAUUCAAAUGAUAAUACACUUCGUGGUGAACAUGGUGCUAUACUUAAUGAUGAAUUACCAAAAAUGUUUCCAUGGCGUAAUGAUGUUUUACCUGAACAACGUUCACCACCAAUCAAUACGGAACGUGAUCAUAUUGCUGAUAAAAAUAAUCAACGACCAAUUAGUCAAAUUGGUUUUCAAAGAGUUAUUGAAUCAACUAAUAGCAAUAAUAAUUAUCGUCAAUCAACAAUUAAUAGAGAAGAUGAUCGAAAUAAAUAUGUAUUUGAUGAUGAAAAAACAUAUUAUGCUAAUCGAACAUCAGCUAUUAUUGAUAUGCCUGUUAUUUCACCACCUAAACGAUCAGAUUCAAAAAUUGAAAGAAUUGAAAAGCCAAUAACACCAACAUACAGUGAUGAAAGAAUUCGAAGUCCAUCACCAAUAUCAACAGAUACUUAUCGACGACAAAGUAGUCGCGAUCAUCAAAUUGAUAUAUCAGAUAAUUUUUCUCGUUUAACAAUAAAUGAAAAUCAACAGGAAUUCAGUAAUCAAAAAUACUCGAAUGAUAAUAAAACAUCAAAUAUGAUUCUAUCGGAAAAUCCACUUGUAAAACCAACUUAUUCUCAUUCAUCAUCAUAUGAAAAUAAACAAAUACCAACGAAUACAAAUAAUUUUUAUCGUGAACAAAGUCAUUCACAUGAUUAUUCGAAUGAUAAUGAAGCAACGAAUGUAAUUACUUCAGAAAAUCCAAUUUUAAAACCAACAUAUUCUCAUUCAUCAUCUUAUGAAAACAAACAAAUACCAUCGAAUACAAAUAACUUCUAUCGUGAACAAAGUCAUUCGCGUGACUCAUCACCAUCAGCAAAUAUUAAUAGUAAUCGAUCACCUUCACCUACAAGUGGUUAUGCAUCAUCAAGUGUUCAUGGAGAAGGAAAAUUCCGUGAUUCAACAUCACCAUCAGCAGUCAAUAUGCCGCAAUAUGAUUAUCUUAAUGCUCGACCAUCAAAUACCAAUGUUGUUGAUCGACGUCCAACACAACCUGGACAAAACGAACGAACAUCAGCUUUACAUGAAUUUGUUUCAAAAACAAAUCUUCCAGUACCAACAGCUGGUGAAAAAUAUUCAGCAAUCAGUGCUUUAGUUCACCCUAUUCGACCACUAUCGCAAUUAAAUCAAUCAAGUAACGAUGAUUUUGACAACUAA